CAAAAAAUUGGCACAGUGAGAAAUUUAGCCAGGGACGGGAUUGAAAAUAUUUAUAUAUAGAAACCCCAGAUUUUAUAACCCAUAUUGAUUAUAUCGACACCAUGGUAUUAAAGAACUCAAAAUGGGAUAAGAAGGCGAAAUACCUGUAUAUGAAGAAACAUGGAAUAAGUCUGAAACCGAAAAAUCCAGUGACUGAAGAGGUCAAGAAGAAAUGGUCAGGAAAACAGGUGAAUGGAGGUAAUGAUAAUAGAAUUGAAUUGAAUGAUUCAGAUGAAGAGUAUGAUUCUGAAGUAGAUGACGCGUUGCUUGAACAUUUCUAUCCAUCUUUAGGUGAGGCCGAGCUUAGUAGAGAUCAAAAGAUAAAGAUAAAGCAACAAAUCAUCAGUGAUCUUGAACAACAAGAAGCAGAAGAAAGUGAUGUCAAACCUGAAGAUGAAAAGGAAGUUGAAAUUGAUGGGAUAUAUCUUGGAUCAGAUGAGAAUAAACAUAAAGAAAUGGCAACUAAAGAUGAAACUCCUAAGUUUAAUCUUGAAGACUUCAUGGCUAAUGCUGAACAACAACGAACUAAGAAGAAUAGAAAGCUUUUAAAUAAUAAAGUAUCAGAUAAUUUCCUUGAAGAGUAUGGUUUAUCAAGUUAUAAUGAUCUUAAUAGAAAUAAUAAAGAUGAUUAUAAUGAUAUGUAUUAUGCCAAGAGAGGGCAACGGAAUUUGAAUGAAGUUUCAUCAAAAGAAUUAGAUGGAUUUGUGAUUGGAGAACAAUCAAUUGCUACCACCGGAAAUGAUAUACGAUCAAAUAAUAGAGAACAACAAGCCAAGAUUAAUAUCAAGUACUUAUCUCAAGAGGAGACUGAUCAAGAUAAAGAGAGAGCUGAAAAAGUUGAAAAGGAAAAACUAUAUAAAGAGAUUAAACGAAAGUUUGACACAUCAAAACCAAUAUCGAAGAGUAAAGUACUUGAGAUAAAUACACUUAAUAAUGAUGAUCAUUUAUCUUCCAUAAAUGCUAACUUGAUAAACAAUGCAGCCAAAGAAAAGACCAAGAUAUCCGAUACUGAUCUUGAUGCUGAUCUUGAUUUUUUAUUAGGGGGAUCAGGAUCCACUAAUUCUAAACAAUCUUCAAGUAUUGAAACCACCACAAAUAAAACUACUGAUAUAGAUGCAUUCUUAUCUGAUUUAACCAUACAAGAUAAGACCACGACCAAUGAUAACAACGAUUCCACGAGUGUAAAACCACAACCCAAACAUAAACCCAAUGAUUUAGACUUUUUAGAUGAAUUAUUAGGGUAAUUUAUAGAGUAAUAUAUAUAAUAAUCUAAAUUCAAGCUAUUGUCGUAAACCUAUGUCAUAAAAUUUGCAUUCUCACUUUUUAGACAUCACUUUUGCGACAUAAACCGUUUAGUGUUUUUGUUUGACAUCGAAAGAGAUCUAAAACGGUGGUUGCCUAAUUAUUAAUAAGCAAUAGUAACGAUAAACUAUACCAAUCAACUUUAUACUACAUGCAUCAAUAUAUAUAGAUACCCCUUGAUACCAGCAUACCAAAUCCAGUUAUCAUAUUCAAUUCCUUAAAAAGAAACAGGUUAUAGAAGUUAGGAUUACAAGGAGGGAUAUAUUUCAU